AUGGCGGUCCAGAGAAUGCAAGGCCUGUACAGCAGUAUGGCCGUUGUGGCCUGCGCUGCCAUUGCUGUGGCUAUGCUACCGCUUGCUGCCGCCCACGAGCACGACGAAGACAAGAUCCCCGAAGGCGAGACCAUCUCCCUAGAACCGAUUGACACGACGCUAUGGAUACACAUUCUGCUCCAGAUGCUUGCCUUCGGCAUCAUCUUUCCUCUCGGAAUGGUCUUGGGAAUGAUCAAGAGCCGCUGGCACGUCCCGCUCCAAGUCCUCGGCACCGCGAUCGCCAUCCUCGCCUACUUCCUCGGCCACAUGCACAAGGGCCGCCAGUUCAUCCACGGCAACGUCCACUCCAAGUUUGCCCACGUCCUCAACAUCAUGCUCUUCGCCCAGGUCGUCAUGGGCGCCUACCUCAAGCUGCACCUCGAGCGCGGCUUCAACGGCCGCAUCCGGCCCAUCUUCCGCAUCGCCCACGGCAUCAACGGCAAGGCCCUGCCCGUCUUCUCCUGGGCCCAGAUGAUCUUUGGCGGCAUCACCGCCCUCGGCUUCUGCCAGGGCGACCACCUCGGCCAGUGCCUCGCCCACUUCAUCAUGGGCGGCGCCUUCAUCGCCUACGGCGUGCUGCUCACCAUCCUGCUGCUCGUCGGCCAGAUGUGGCUGCGCCGCACCGGCCGCUCGCAGGAGUUCUACGACAGCUGCGUCAUCGCGGCCUGGGGCUGCGUCAACACCUUCACCGAGCACCGCUGGGGCACCGCCUGGGUCAAGAACGACUGGCAGCACACCACCAUGGGCGUCAUCUGGUGGUGCGCCGGCCUGGCCGGCGUCUGGCUGAGUCGCGACCGCGACGGCUCGCCCAAGCGCAACUUUGUGCCCGGCUUCGUCAUCUUCAUGACCGGCUGGGCCAUGUCGGCGCACCCGCAGGAGCUCAUGACCAGCGCCAUGGUCCACACCACAUUCGGCUACACCCUCAUGGCCGCCGGCCUGACCCGCAUCAUCGAGGUUGCCUUUGUCCUCAGCGACAAGUUCGGCAUGUCCGCCGACGGCUUUGAGACGCACAGCUUCCAGUACAUUCCGGCAUUCCUCCUCUUCGCCGCCGGCUUCCUCUUCCAGGGCGCCACCGAGGAACAGAUGGCCCUCGUGGCCGGCUCCUCCAUGGACCCCAUCUCGUACAUCCUCAUCCUCUACUCGCUCGCCUUCCUGCUCUUCCUCUUCGUCAACAUGCUCAUCCACGUCUACGACCGCAGCGCCAACGCCGACCUGCUCGCCGCCAAGGCCCGCGCCAACCCGCUGAACCACCGGGUACCGCCUGCGCUGCAGGCCCGCGGCCUCAACGGCUCGGCGUCCGCCGCGGCCGAGAGGAGGCAGGUGCGGGACGCGGAGGAGUUUGAGCUCGACGGGCUCGUCAGCGACGAGGAGGACGAGGAGCACGCCGCGAGGAAAAAGCUGCUGCAGGACGAUGGGAACGACGCGGAGGAGAGGGGCCUGGCGAGUCCGAGUACGCUGGGGCGGAACAGCGAUCGGGUUGCGCCUUGA